AUGGCAGUUGAGUCAGGUGACGCCACUUUGUAUGGGAUUAAAAUUUCACUUGAUUGUAACAUUGAAUUCGAGGACUUUUGUCCUAAAGUUAAGGACAAAUCGCCCUCUGGGCUGCCAUUAGCGACGUCUCCAUGGAUGAAGAUGAAGCCUCUUCUUUGGCUGCAGGCCCUGGGUCGGUUAAACAGCACUUCACGCAAGAGCAAAAUGCCUGAGGAGGUGGCACUUUGUCAAACCUGGAGCGCCUUAAUUGAGAACUUCAACAAAGCCGCAAAAGCUUAUCGCACCCGCAUCGUUGCGGUGCGCCAGUGCUUCGAGAGCUUCUACACCUUUGCUCGAGCAAAGUGA